GUAUACUACUACGAGCGCCUGUGUACUCCGACUGAAAGGAGGUGAAUAGAAAUGCAGAGCUUUCCAGCCAUAAGCGGAUUUCACAGUCUCUAUUUUCAUUCGUCUCCCUUCCCUCCGCUUUUCUUCCACAGCAACUACAACAACUACUACAACAAAAGCAGCAGCAACAACGACAACAAGAUCUGCUGUCUCUCUUCCUUCAACAAAACCGUCGAGAAAACCGAGCCAAAGCUAUCCCACGACUCUUCUUCUUCUUCCAUUGCCAUCACCGAGAAGACCGAUGGCCUUUCCUUCUCCGCCAGACGAUCUGCCGUAUCCGAAGUAAAGAAAUCCACCGAUUUGGGCUCUGCUCUUUCCAGAUUUGAAGGGACGUUGCAGGUGCAAGAUUUGAAUAUCAUCUUGUGGUAUUUCGGAGACUUGAAAAGAUGGAAGGAUGUUUCUCAGCUAUUCGAUUGGAUGCAAAAGCAUGGGAAGAUUAAUGUAGCAUCAUAUAGCAGUUUUAUCAAAUCCAUGGGGAUGGCUCGUGAUCCCGUAAAAGCGCUACAAGUUUACAAUAGUAUACAGGAUGAACUGACAAGAAACCAUGUCUCUGUUUGUAAUUCUGUUCUUGGUUGUCUGGUUAAGAAUGGAAAAUUCGACAGCAGUAUCAGGUUGUUUGAGCAGAUGAAAAAGGAUGGUCUAAUGCCAGAUGCUGUAACUUACAGUACUCUGCUUUCAGGCUGCGUCAAAGUUAAGAAUGGGUACUCUAAGGCAAUGCAUCUUGUCCAAGAACUUGAAAGUAGCGGUUUGCACAUGGAUACUGUAAUAUAUGGGACUCUUUUAGCUAUUUGUGCUUCAAAUAAUCUAUGCCAAGAGGCGGAGGCCUUCUUUCAGCAGAUGAAGAAUGAAGGUCAUUCUCCUAAUAUAUUCCACUACAGCUCCUUGCUUAAUGCAUAUUCUGUGGAUGGAAACUAUGCAAAGGCUGAUGAGUUGCUCGAAAAUAUGAAAUCUGCAGGGUUAGUACCAAAUAAGGUGAUUUUGACUACUUUGCUGAAGGUAUAUGUUAGAGGUGGCCUUUUUGAAAAAUCAAGAGAAUUAUUAAUCAAAUUGGAAGUUAUGGGCUAUGCUGAAGAUGAGAUGCCAUAUUGUUUAUUGAUGGAUAGCCUUGCAAAGGCAGGGCAUAUUCACGAGGCCAAGGCAAUUUUUGAGGAAAUGACGAACAAAAAAGUGAAAUCUGAUGGCUAUUCUCACAGUAUCAUGAUUUCUGCCUUCACUCGAAGUGGGCUAUUGGAAGAAGCAACGCAGCUCGCCAAGGAUUUUGAAGCCAGCUAUGACAAGUAUGACUUGGUUAUGUUGAAUACGCUGCUUAGAGCUUAUUGCAGAGCAGGUGAAAUGAAGAGCGUAAUGCAGUUGCUGAAAAAGAUGGAUGAAUUGGCCAUCUCUCCUGAUGGGAGCACUUUUCACAUUCUGAUAAAGUAUUUCCAUAAGGAGAAAUUAUAUCAGCUUGCAUACCGGAUGGUUCAAGACAUGCACAGUAGAGGCCAUCAACUGGAUGAGGAACUUUGUUCUUCUCUAAUAUUGCAACUUGGAGAAGCUGGCACCACAUCGGAAGCCUUUUCUGUUUACAAUAUGUUGAGAUAUAGCAAGAGGACAGUGUGCGAGGCCCUUCAUGAGAAGAUGCUAAACAUCUUAGUUGCAGGUGGGCUUCUGAAAGAUGCAUAUGUCGUGAUGAAGGACAAUGCUGAGGUGAUUUCUAAGCUCUCCUUAAGGAAGUUUGCUGUGGCAUUUAUGAAAUUGGGUAAUAUAAACUUGAUAAAUGAUGUGGUCAAAGCAUUGCACGGUUCUGGCCAGAGGAUUGAUGAGGCGGUGUUUCGUGUAGCUGUAUCACGUUACAUUGGGCAGCCAGAGAAGAAAGAUCUGCUGUUGCAGUUAUUGCAAUGGAUGACGGGUCAUGGCUACGUGGUGGACUCGUCCUCAAGAAACCUGCUCCUCAAGAACUCACACCUGUUUGGUCGGCAACUUAUAGCAGAAACCCUUUCUAGGCAGCAUACCACGUCGAAAAAACUCAAAAGUUGAGAAAUGAUGAAUGGAGGAGCUUCAGAACCGAAUGGGUUAGCUGUUGUAUCACGGUUGGUUUUCAUGAGGGAGAAACUUUUCGUUGUGUUUGCUUUGCAAUUUCAAUGCCUCAGUGCCCAUUGCAUUGUAUUUGUGCUGAUGCCGUUGAAACUUCUGCAUCCUCCACCACCAGUUUCAAUUGUAUGUAUAGAUGGGUAAAAAUGCAAAUGGGCAACUUAUGUUCUCUCUUUCAAGGACAUGAACACCUGCUGCUGCUGGUUUUGUUGCUGUUGUUGUUUGGGCACAUUAGAAAGGCAGUCAUUUUUUAUAAUCAGGCCUGAGAACUCCAAUUUAUUUGCAAUCCAAACGGGCUACCCGCAUUGGCUGGUAA